UGUAGGUAGCUAUGAGGAAUCAUAACAAUGAAAAUAUAAAUUAUGUUUUGUAUCCUGUUAGAAGAUUUAUAAAUUAUGUUUCCAAUCCUUUUAGAAAAAGGUAUAAAUUGUGUUUCUAAUGGGGUAACUUGGAGAUAUGUGUGUGGGAAAGUAAUGGUUGAAGCUGCCACUGCUUCAAAUUGGUUGUUAUCCUUCAACCCGUGCUUCUUUCCAUGAACGGGAUGGAGACCAAAUUAAUUAUGAUAUUGCUGCUUCUGAUAUGCAUAUGUUUACAGUGCUUGGGAGCUUCUGGAUUGACAGCAAGAGAAGAUGUCGUGAUCCUCAUGGUAUUGAAGUCAGAAUGGCAAAAUACACCCCCAAACUGGAUUGGUGCAGAUCCCUGUGGUUCCAUGUGGAAUGGAGUCAACUGCACGGGUCCCCAUGUUACUUCAUUGAACCUAUCAAAUAUGAAUCUCAGUGGAACUCUUCCAAGCGAUAUAGGUUCUCUCAUUGGCCUACGGUCUAUUGACAUUUCCUACAAUAAAGGGAUCAAAGGAGAGAUUCCAAGUAGCAUUGGAUAUUUAAUCAAUCUGGAGUUCUUCCUAGCUAUCGGUUGUGGUCUUACUGGACAGAUCCCAUAUGAAUUGGGCAACCUGAAACGCCUUUCUUUUCUAGCAUUGAAUUCAAACAAGUUAAGUGGACAUAUUCCCCCUUCUCUGGGUGGUCUUGGAAAUCUGUACUGGCUCGACCUUAGCGACAAUGAUCUCAUUGGCAAGCUUCCAGUUUCAAACAGCCAUGAAUCUGGAUUGGACAAGCUUUUUAAUGCCAAACAUUUCCAUUUAGGUAAAAAUCAACUAACAGGGCCCAUUCCACCAGAGAUAUUUCAUUGCAGGAUGCAGCUCAUACAUUUACUAUUUGACAACAAUAAUUUGGAAGGAAAGAUCCCUUCUACCCUGGGACUGGUAAACACCCUCGAGAUUGUAAGGCUUGAUCGAAACUCUUUGACCAGCGCAGUUCCGUCAGAAAUUAGCAACCUGACAAAUCUUUUUGAACUGCAUCUAUCAAAUAAUAAAUUGGAAGGGCCAAUACCCGACUUGUCUGGGAUGAUUCGACUUCAGUAUGUUGAUUUGAGCAACAAUUCGUUCUAUCCCUCCGAAGCACCAGACUGGUUCACAACUUUGCCACGGCUAAGGGAUCUGGUAAUGGAAAAUACAGGAUUGACUGGCCAGUUGCCGACUGAGCUUUUUGACUUGCCUGCUAUAGAGACAGUGAGGCUUAAUAACAAUGAUUUCAAUGGCACGUUAAAGGUUGACAACAACGCCAAGGGACACCUGCAAAUUAUAGAUCUAGAAAACAAUAAAAUAACAUGGGCUACACAGCCAAACAACAUUAGUUUAUUGCUUUUGGGGAAUCCAGCUUGUGACAGUGAGGCUGGCCUUUCAAGCAGCAACUUAUGUCGUAGUACGAGUGCCCUUCCAGGAUCAUAUACAACAAAUAUGGGAGUUUGUCUAGGACGAACAUGUUCUGGAGAUUUAAAGCCGAAUCCUCGGACCUGUCACUGCCAAGUUCCUUAUCAGGGAGACUUAAUAUUUAUAUCUCCUUCAUUUUCAGAGUUAUCUAAUGCAUCAAGAUUCAAGGAGUUGGAAGAAUCCCUAAUGGUGCAAGUGUUUUUGGACUCCGUAUUCAUUUGCUGCCUUAGUUUUGACAACAACAACUAUCUGAACAUGAAAGUGCAGUUUUUCCCAUCAGAGAACAAGUAUUUUGAGAGAAUGGAAAUAGUUAGGAUAGGGUCCACUCUUAGCAAUCAAAUUUAUAAGGCUCCUAGAGAAUUUGGUCCUUAUUAUUUUAUGGGAAAUUCAUAUCCCUUCAAAGAUGCUUCAGAAUCCGGAUCAGGGAAAUUAAGCAAACCAGUAAUAAUUGGCAUCUCAGUGGGCAGCUUUGUUAUGGCUUUUGCAAUUCUUACUCUCGGGCUCUAUGCAUUACAUCAAAAAUACAAAGCUACAAAGGCAAUUGAAUUGAGCAACCACUUUGCAUGGAACCCUAACAAUAAAAAUAGUGAGACAAUCCCAACCUUGAAUGGUGCAAGAUGGUUUUCUUUGUCAGAGUUGAAACAUGCUACAAAUAAAUUCUCCGAGAACAAUGUUAUCGGUUCAGGAGGAUGUGGGAAGGUUUACAAAGGUGAAUUAUCCAAUGGGGGUGGAACAGUAGCAAUCAAAAGGUUCCAAUUACAGGGAUUCUCACAAGAUGGAGUGGAAAUAAAGAACGAGAUAGAAGUCUUGUCUAGAGUCCAUCACAGAAACCUUGUAGCGUUGAUGGGUUUUUGCCUGGAGAAAGGGGAGCAGAUGCUCGUGUACGAAUAUAUCUCGAAUGGAACUCUCAGAGAAAAUCUAUGUGGGAGGGGGGAUAUUCACAUGAACUGGAAGACAAGGGUUCGUAUAGCUCUUGAGACAGCAAGAGGGUUGGCUUACCUGCACAACCAUGCAAACCCACCCAUAAUCCACAGGGACGUCAAGUCAACUAACAUAUUGCUGAAUGAGGAUCUCACUGCUAAAGUAGCAGAUUUUGGUCUGUCCAAAUUCAUUGCAGAUGGAGGCAAACAACGACCCGGUAAAGGCCAUGUGUCGACUAAAGUGAAAGGGACACUGGGCUACCUUGACCCAGAAUACUAUAUGUCCAACCAUUUGACGGACAAGAGUGAUGUGUAUAGUUUUGGCGUAGUGAUGUUGGAGUUACUUACAGCCCGCCAACCUAUUGAAGAAGGAAAAUACAUAGUCCGUGAAGUGAGGAGAGUUAUCAAUAAUGGUGGAAUCAACGCCCUGCAGAAACAGAUAUUAGAUCCCUUUUUGAGUGACUCAGAUAAGCUAGGACUUGAAAAUUUUGUGAAUCUGGCAUUAAGUUGUGUUGAGGAAUUAACUGCCCAUCGACCGGCCAUGAGCGAUGUGGUGAAACAACUGGAAUGCAUUGUGGAAGAACGAAGCCUUAGUGGCUCGGCAUGCGUGGAAAUCAAAGAGUCCUCAUAUCAUUCACCCAUUGAUCGAGAUGUCAGUUCUGAGUAUGCCAUGUUUCAUUACAGUGGGCCAUAUAUUGUGCCUACCACUAUUGAGCCCCAUUAGCCCAUUGUGAAUUACUUCAAAUCAUGAGAUGCAAGAAGAUGAAGAAUAUAUGUCUUGUUUUGGUGGGAUCAGAGAUCCAGACUGAUAUAUUUAUUAAUGUCCAGAGGUAUUUUCAAUGAUGAUAAGGGAUGGGAUGUAAUAGUUGAG